CACGUUUUGAUAGCAUAAGUAUGUACGCUCUGGUAAUGCAUGCAUUCAAGUAACUUUAAGUAGGCAUAUUGGGCACGCUUGCUCCUAUCAUUAUGGAGUGGUCAAAAAAUAAUAAUGUAAAUAUUCUCGAGUAGCUGUUACUCUCGAAAGGCUCUAUAAAUCGAAUUGAAUAGAUCUAUACUUUCGACUUUCAGUAUUAAGGGUUGAUAUUGAUUCGUUCGCGCCUAUUAUCUUGGCGGGUGAUUAACGUUUUUGGAUAUGUAGGUACAGUACAAGUAAUCUACUUAUUUCAGAUAUUAUAAUAUUGUGAUUAUUAAAGAUUUAAUUGUCUGUCAUUAGAUGUGAAGAUCGGUGCAGGAGGCUGCCUAUUACAUAACGCUGCAAGCGUAGGAUGUGACUCUUGAACUUUGCGAGGGCGGGCGGGGCUGCGCGCGGCGCGGAUCGAUGCGGCCGCCCGCCCAGUAUCACGCAGAGCGCGCCCCGAGCGCACGACUCGACAACCGGCGAUCUUCUAGUGUUGCGAUGAAGGUAGUAGUAGCGCGGUAGCGGUAUGAUAGCUGUAGGUAGCGGCGGUAGGAUCGGCCGCAACGCAGAGACCUCUUUAUAAGCCCAUAUAAUGCUAAAACUACCCAAAGGCCUUAAGAAGAAGAAAAAGGGAAAAAAGUCAAAACGCAAAGACGAGGAGUUAUUUACCGAAGAAGAGCUCGAGAAGUACCGCGCGGAGCACCAGCAACCGGCUGAGUCCGGCGAACCCUCCAAGGAGAAUGAGGAGUGGUCCAAGUUCAAGGACUUGACCACUGGCAUUGACAGUGUACUUAAGAAGACUCAGGGUGAUCUUGAUCGAAUCAAAUCCACCUCGUUCUUCCAACGCAUACCUGCGGGCGUCAAGGAGCUCCCGCCAUCGCCACCGCCACCUCCCCCCACUCGCCAGGUGGUCACUGUCACCGCGGCCGACUUCCCUCAGCUCGCCGCCGCUGAGGAACACGACGACGCGAGUGACAUCGGCGUCACCGACGACGAGUCCGAGGACGACCAGGACGAUAUCUUCGAUACUUCGUAUGUCGAGGCUGUAGAAAGGGGAGAAGUCAAGCUUGCAGUCGUCCCCGACUCGCCGGACGACGCACAGGACGACGAUCUCUUCGAUACAUCGCACCUCGACGCGCUUAUCAAGGGGCAGGACCCUAAAACUUCCACUGGGAAGAAGGGACUAGAUAUUGGAAUCGCUGUAUCUGUCCUUACAGGUCGGAUAGACAACGUUACUGUCACUACCAAGCGGUCGCAGAAGAGGGCUAUUCCGGCGGACUUAUUGUUAGAGGGUGACAACAGUGACCCUUCAGCAGCUCCUCCCGUAACCCCCGUCGCGCCCAGCGAAACCGAAGAGAAGAGUAUUCUCGACAUCGAUGCGGACAUACCUAUCAAUACACCGAUAGACCUCAGUGUUUCGCUCCAUACGUCUUUGAUUCAACAAAAUAAAGCUCUAGAAGAUCCUCUAGAGACUGAGGUUCGUAAGCCUCAACCGGUAGAAGAAGAAGACGACGAAUUCACUCAACUAGCGGCAGAGUCCUUAGAAGUUAGUGCGGAAGUAACCAAACUUGAACAAACGGAAAUUGUUGCUGCGCCUGUGAUCCAGGAGUCGUGGUCAGUUUUUGAAGCCGACAAGGUAUCUGAAGUAUUCGCAGAGGGUGUCGCGGAGGAUCAGAUCGACGUUAUCGAUCCCUAUCUCGACCAGGACGAUCCCUUUGAUACAAGCUUUGCAGACGCGGUAGUACCCGUGAGCGCAGCUCCAUUUAAAAAGGAGGCUAUUAUUUUAGAAGACGACGACGAUUUUGACCCUCGGGCCGAAGAAAACAGAGCGAGGUUAAAUAACCGACGGAAAUCUUCCGUUCGCAUUCAUUUAACUGACCCGUCUGGCGUCCGGGAGUCCAUCACUUCAGACGACCUCGGGGAUAAGGAGGAGUCGAACCCAGCGCGCGACUUACUAGGUGGCAGCACCACCGAUUUAACUGCUCUUGGUGAUUCGCCUCUCGAUCCUGUGGACAUUAAUGACGAUGAAAUAGAUCCUUUCGAUACUACUAUCGUUGAUAAAAUAGUGGCGCCCGGUAGGGUCGAAUUGAAAUUAUUGGAGCAGGAGCUGAUAGGAGCUAAGUCCGUACCGGCAGCGCCCGUGUACCGUGUACCCAGCGACCCCGACUUUGACCCACGUGCCGAGGAGCCCGCAUCUUUAUCCGAACGGCGUGCCAGUCGCCCUGAAAAUCUUACCUACAGCAAGAGCGUAGUGUUUGACGUCGAUCCUACGCUACAGCCCGACAAGCCCAAAAUCGUCAAGCCUGUUACGCCGUACUACACGCGCGAGGUCUCCAUCACAGAGGACUCGGAGGACGGCGAAGCCAACGAUACCGUCUCCGGGUCGUUGACGAGAACCCGCUCCGACGAGGACUUGGCCCCCAAGUUCACUUACCAGACAAAGAGGCGGCAUUCGGAGCUCCCUCAGUCGAGUCAGAGCAAGGCGAAGCCGAGUCUGCUAGAAACUGCUCCUAUCGACAUCCAGACUAAAGUACUGACACCGAGCAACCCCAAGCCCCAGCCUCUCUUGGAGGAGGAACUCGACCCCUUCGACACUUCAUUUGCCGGUGAACUAGCCCCAACUAAAACAGAGUUAAAGUUGCUUGCAAAAGAAUUCUCUUGUGACGAAACUAACGAACCGGAAGGACCCAAGGACUUAUUGGACCCGUCGGACGAUAUAUUUCAAAUCAAAGCGCUCACACCGGAGCCCUCGAAUAUUUCUCGACUACCAGAGGAAGAGUUAGAUCCUUUUGACACCUCGUUUGCAGGCGACCUUCAGCCGGGAAGAACUGAACUUAACAUGGGAGAGCCGGUAGCGCCGGUAACGACGGAAGCCAUCAAUCCAUUUAUGAUGACGACAGACGAGCCACCGGUGGAGUACACCGGCGACAACCCAUUCGCCGCCAGCAACCCCUUCUCGGACUUCGGGUACGACCCGCCUGCUGGCGACGUGCCUUCUGAUAUCUUCGGCGCCGAGCCCACUGGUGGGACUACCCAAUUCGAUGGUUUUACUGCGCCCGCCGAGCCUGCUAGUGGGCCCACUCACUUUGAAAAUUUCGCUACGCCCGCCGCACCCAUCGAUCUGUUCGGCGCCCCGCCUGUCAAGCCGACCGAGCUCGAGCUUGUCUCCACGACUGCGGACUUUUCAUUCGGGGAAGAUGUCAACAACGCGGCACCACCUCGUCCGCUACCUCCAGAGACGCAGAAUCUUAUCCUAACAGUGACCGGACAGAUGGAGUUCACCAGUUCUCACUUGCUCGACCGUAUUCCACCGACACGCACGCCCAGCCCUGUGUCUGUGCGUGACAUACAUUCGGCCUGUCCUACGCCGGAGCCUGAGGUGGAGCCGUUGCCAUUGGACGAACCCGCACCGGUGCAAGCGGCGGCCCCCGCCGCCCCCGUACAAUCAGACUUUGACAUCAAUCGCAACAAGCCGGUGCGACCGCCACCUGCACGGCCCCCUGCGGCGCGGCCACCUCCCCCGCGCCCCGCGCCUCCACCAGUUCCACAGGCGCCGGUACAACAACAGCCGCCCACGGACGAUAUAAAUCUCUUCGACGCUCCAGUUCCCGUAACCGUGAAGCCGACCAAGGAGGCUAUUUUAAGUUUGUAUUCGGCACCAAAGCAGGAGGAGAAACCGAUUGAUUUCCUAAGUGAUGAUAUCGUAGACGAUGUUCCAGCCGUACCGGCCGAGGUACCGAACGCUACAUCGGCGCCGGUUCCGGCAGCACCGUUGGGCGCCGAGCAGGUCGCAGUAGUGUCCCAUCCAUCGCCACCGAAAGCUCGCGAGCCACCUCCAUUACCACCAGCGCCCGCUGUAGUACCCACGCCAACAGUUCUGGAUGCAGCACCUAUGGACUGCUCCGAGCCACCCGAGUCCGCGCCCGCAACGAAUUCGACGCCACUCGCUGAUGUCACGAAUGACAAUUUCUCAGCGGAGCCCCGUGACGAGGAAAUGAACCCGUUCGAAUCUGGUGCUACGUUAACGGACUCCACUCCAUUCACCGGUGCAGGCACUAACAUUUUUGGCGUGCAGGAGGAAGCGUUUCCAGCUCAGAGUAACGAUAAUUUUGGCGGAGUGGAUAACGGUUUCGGAGCCGUUUCUACUGGAGUCUUUGAAACUUCAGCUACUAACAUUUUCGCCGCGUCAAACGACGCGUUUGCGGACAAUGCGAACAGCUUUGGUAUGGAGCAAGGCAGCGCGUUCAACGCGCCGGCAUCGGCGUCAACGGUGGCGUCGGCGGGGUGGGAUGCAACACCGGCACCAGCAGCGGCGAGUUGGGAUGCCGCGCCCGAGGCUAUGGCACAGGAUGCUUUCCCUGACUCGCAAGACGCUUUCGAUGCCUUCUCCGCCAAGUUCGACAACACUGCCGCCAAACAUCUAAACUCAGGGGCAUGGGGCGAUGAUGGUGGCUCUGAGGAGACCCCUGCAGGCUUCGAGGCGGAGGCGUUUGAUCCGUUCUUAAGCAUGGGGGCUCCCCCAGCCCCCGCCGCGACGCCUCGCCUGCAGUCACAGGGCUCUAAGGACUCCGCCGAUGACUCCUUCUCCCUGUUCAUCAGGCCAAAGGACAGCACCGGCGCGGACGCGGGCGCUGCGGUGCCUGCACUGGCGCCCCCGCCACGUCCGCAGGCCCUGCCGGAGUCUCCACGGGCGAACCCUUUUGACAAGAGCGCAGAGGCGCCGAUCCCACGCGCCGAUGCUUACGAGGAACAGCGGCGCGGCUCCGGUGACUCAGGCGGCGAGACGCCACCGACGCCGUUGUUCGACGACGACGUAUCCCAGCCGCUCGAGGACUUCCCUCGGACCAAGUACGAUGGGCCCGGCUGGGAGAUGCAGCUAAGACAGCCGGUCAAGAAGAAGAUUACCGGUCAGAGGUUCUGGAAGAAAGUCUUCGUCCGCGUGGCCACACAGGGCGAAGCACCUGUUCUCCAACUCUUCAAGACUGCGCAAGACAAGGAGCCAUACCAGGAGCUACCACUGCAAGCCUGUUACUCGGUGUCGGAGGUCGGCGCGCAGCAGUUCGAUACCUUUGGCAAGAUCUUCACGGUCAAACUGCAGUACGUUUUCUACAAGGAGCGCCCUGGUGUCAGGCCAGGACAGGUGACAAAGGCGGAGCGUAUCACGAACAAGCUAUCACAGUUCGCGGCAUACGCCAUCCAGGGUGACUACCAGGGCGUCAAGGAGUUCGGCAGCGAUCUGCGAAAGCUGGGGCUACCCGUGGAGCACGCGCCGCAGGUGUCACAGCUAUUCAAGCUAGGCUCCCUCAACUACGAGGACGUCCUCCAGUUCUCAUGCUGCAUAGAAGAGGCGUUGUUCCGACUCGCAGCACAUCGCGACCGCGCGCUCGCUUACAAGAUGGAAGAAGUCCAAGUGACAGCUGUUGAUGAAUUGUAUGUCGAACAAGAUGCGGAUGGGGCUGUUCAGAAGCAAAUUGCGCGUGUCAGGCUGUUCUUCCUUGCAUUUCUUAGCGGCAUGCCGGACAUCGAGCUCGGUGUGAACGACCUCCGCCGACAAGGCAAGGAAGUGGUCGGGCGGCACGACAUCAUCCCUGUGGUCACGGAGGAGUGGAUCCGCGUCGAAGACGCCGAGUUCCACGCUUGCGUGCAGCCGGAGGAGUUCUAUAACACGCAGAUUAUUAAGUUCAAGCCACCAGAUGCGUGCUACAUUGAGCUUCUCCGCUUCCGCGUGCGUCCGCCCAAGAACCGCGAGCUGCCGCUGCAACUCAAGGCUGUUUGGUGCGUCACUGGGAACAAGGUGGAGCUUCGAGCAGAUGUAUUGGUGCCAGGCUUCGCGUCUCGCAAGUUAGGGCAGGUGCCGUGCGAGGACGUCGCUAUACGCUUCCCCAUCCCUGAGUGCUGGAUCUAUCUGUUCAGAGUGGAGAAGCAUCACCGUUACGGCUCUGUCAAAUCUGCGCACAGACGUACGGGCAAAAUCAAGGGUAUCGAGCGGUUCCUCGGCGCCGUGGAUACGCUGAGCGAGUCUCUUAUUGAAGUGACGUCGGGGCAGGCCAAGUACGAACAUCAGCACCGCGCGCUGGUCUGGCGAAUGCCACGACUGCCUAAGGAAGGGCAAGGCGCAUAUACAACGCACAACCUCGUCUGCCGCAUGGCGCUGACCUCGUACGACCAGGUCCCCGCAGAGCUGGCGCGCGCCGCGCACGUGUCGUUCACGAUGCCGGCGACCCAAGUGUCGCACGUGACCGUGCGCUCUGUGUCGCUGCAGAACCACGACCGCGACGACCCGCCGGAGAAAUACGUGCGGUAUCUAGCGAGGCACGAAUAUGUCGUGGGCAUCGAGCGUACAACGGGCACCGCGAACGCGCCGUCGGCGUACGCGGCCGCGGCCGCCGUGCCGCGCGCGCCCGACCCCGCGCCCGCCGCCGCCCCGCAGCCGCCCUCCUCCGACUCAGACUCCGACUGAACGAUAGAGAGCCACUGCUAAUCCUACAAGGUUGGCAAGGCUUCCGACCACUUCGAUCUUGGUAGUUUCCGGUGGUGUAGUAGGUUCGCAACCAAAUUGUAUUGUGGUCGGGACCUUGAACCGUUGGAAGCGUGGUUGCCAGCCGUGUAGAGUGUGCAAACUGAGCGGACGCUCGAGCGGGGCGACCAGCGGGGUGUGUGACCAUAUUUAACAAAUGCAAGAACGUAUGCGAGCUGCCGCGCCUCAAAUUCCUUGAGAGCUCGACGCUACGCUGCACGCCCCGCUGAACGCGCCGCCAAAUGCUCGCCACUGUGGCAUUUAGAACUGAAAUUGCGCGAGAUCUACUAAGCUUCUUCGAAAACGUUCAUGUUAGUGUGAAAUGGCUGUCAUGCAAAAGUAGUAUUAUUCAUAUUCGGUUUUAGACCAAAACAUGGCCGGGUCUAUGCAUCAGAUCGACAUUCGAACUUUAAAAUCUCAGCUUCAGUUGACAUUCGUAGUAUAUCUCGAGUGUACCAAUAAGUAUUUGUGUAAAAAUGUAUUAACAUCAGGCACUGCGAGUAAUUUUAAAUCAACAUAUAGUUGAAAUUUGUGAAGUUGUAAGUUGUAAUUCUGCUCCGAUGCGGAGACGAGAAAAUGUCGUAACAUUUUCCUACAUCGUCGCACAGAGGGUUUGAAAUGCUACAAAACUGCGUAAAAUCGCGAACCCUGACAUUGUGUGUUCUGUCAUUAUUAAACCGGCAAAUUAACGAAUAUAAUCUCAUAAUGAAUAAAUACAGGAAGGACAUUACGUCAGAUAUUUUUUGCAUUAUAUAUUUUGUACACAUUUGAACAUUGUGGACCCUGAAAGUAGGAUUUUGAACAAGUAGGUAUACCGAUCUCCCAGGUGAUGUUAUUUUUAUUUUGUAUAGUAUUAUUAUUGUACAUAUUAUCUAGGUUGUAUUUCUAUUCAUUUAGUUUAGGUAGUGAUAAUUUAUAAAAAAUUAGGUACUUACUCUUACUUUUUCAUUAAUUUUUGACACAGGAUGCUAGUAGCGUAAUUUUGUAUGAGUAUAGAAGAAUUUAAAGUAUUAAGUAGAUAAAGUCAGUUCGUAAGGCAGAGUUAAAUUUCAAUAAUGGUCCAUUUAAUUUAAAAUCAGUUAGUGAUUUAUUGAAGUUGUACUAUUUAUAGGAAAUUUGUUAUGAUGUUGUUAUGCUUCGAUUGUUUGUUUGUGCGUGGAGAGCUAUGGAGGAGUGAGUAAAAUAAAAAUGUUGAAACAAAGUUUUGUAAUCGGCGCUGCGACCCAUUAUGCAAACGCCUCGCAUUUACCAACCAACAGUGACGCACUUGAAGUGAUAAUUAUUUUAAAAUACUUAAGGUGUCAUCAAUCAAACCAGCUAAAUGAUGUCCGAUGCAAGUUAGUCUCUUCAGAACAACCGACGUCGGAGAACAAUGAUGUAUAGGUGUAAAUAUUGUCAUUGUCAAUCAGUGCUGCUGUUUGUAGAGCCAAUGCGUUUUAUUGCGUCAUUAAGCUAUUAUAUGGGUACUCAGCGAGGCCAACUGGCAGCAAAAACGCAAUGUUCUAUUACGCAAAAUAUCUACGUACAUGAAAAAAACGGUCGGAGCGAAUCCGCUAGACGCAGACGCUAGCAGCAUCAACCGCCAUACCUUUUGCCCAUCGCGUGGGGCGGUUGACGCUCCAUUGUCAGCGGCAAGCGUAUUCGCUCGGAUCGUUUUCAUUUCACUUGGCUUUCGGGCUCCGUGUGAAAAAUGCUGCUUCGUUGCGCCGUAACGAGGUUCUAGUGGGAGGUCUCCUGUACAUAGUAGUGAUAAUAAUGAGCUUCGGACGGAAGCCCGCCGACACGAGUCCAAUUGUUUGCUACUGUUACUAUAAAAAUGUACUCUAUAUUUUCAUAAAAUACGUACUAAAAUAUAUCAACAUUUUUGAGAUUAUAAACUAAAUAAAAUUAUGAAUAUUAUGUCUCCCGCGUAUAUCGAGUAAGUGUAAGCUUGAAAAGCUCGAAGUGACAGCGAAUCGCGAGGCAGGCAAGUAUAUUACUAUACCAAAGCAUAAUUGACUAAAUAUAAUUGCUUAUCUAAUGUAUGUAAUGGGUGACAAUAGUCGUAGCAGUGUUUAAAUAUUGUAAGAAAAAACAUCAAGUGUCUAGAGAUGCUCCAUUAUCAUAACGAUAAGUGGGCCGAGUUUUAUUUUGUUGUAAGUAAUUUUUUUAGACACAUUUCGGUAAAAUUUGGUAAGUUUGAAGAGCUCCUCAUUCUAGGUGGAAUAUACACGAAAUCCCAAUUGGGACAAAAUGUAUGUAAUUUUCCGUAGGUACGAAAAUUCUAUAGUUUUCGUAGGUAACUCAGAGGAAUAUUUUAUAUGACAUGUGGUGGAAUUGCUUAUAUUGUAUAGAAUAGGGAACUCUAUCACCAAAUUUUAUCGAAAUCUAACGAAAUAAACGACAACAAAAUAAAAUCGGCCCAAGUAGUGUAAGGUAGGCUAGACGCGGCGACGGCCCGGCACCUACGAUUGUGAUAAUAAUAUCAUCUCCAUAGUUGUUGAUCAUUAUAUUAAUGUAUGUUACUACACUUAUAGCUAUAAAUUACCCGUAUAUGCUAAUUUGAGGUUAUUUUAAGUUGUUACCAUACUCAGUCUAAUGAGACUUGGGAACGUUUACACUAAGUUCCACGUCAGCAUUCAUUAAAGUGUAAACGCGCUCAUAUGUUGUCAGAGUAACUACUAUAAAUAACCCUUGACCUAUAGCGUCUGUCUGUGUGUCUGUCUGCUGCGUGCUUCCUGUGAACCGAGCUUCGCUCGAAGCACUACCCUGUACGUAUUGUAUAAACUCAACAAACCUAGUACAAUUUCCAAUAAGUAGCAUCCUAAAUUGUUCGAAUUUCUACUAUAUCUGUAUGCUAUGGGAAAGUAUAUCUAUAUUAUAGCGGUGUUCAUGGCGAUUACAAGUUAACGGUACCUAUAUAUGCAUAAGACUAGUACUAAGAAAAGAACCUAUGUUGUAUGCCCCGCCGCUCGCGGUGGGGCCCCACAGUGAGAUGUUCGCAUGUACCUUGUAACCACGCAGAUGGAUCCUAUGUUCUGUUGUCAAUAAAAAAUAUGACUGUGA